AUUGGAACACGAACGAUCUUCAAAAAUAAGUAAGUACGCCAUUCGCGCAAUACGCCAGUCAACAAAAAUUCAUUCAAAGCGCUUCAGGAUGUGCCGACGAGAUUGUGUUUUUCCAUCAGCACAUUCAAACACUUAUUCCUGGUGGUGAUGACUGCAUUAAGUCGUGUGUUGCUCGGGCGUGCAGUUUUUCAUUUUUAAUUACCAUCACAGACAUCGGCGGGGAGCAUUCAUAUCGCCAGUGACUUAAGUUUGUUCUGGACUCUGAAUUAGUUCGUGAGUGAAGUUCAACCGAGAUAGUCCAUAUCAACAGCUUGGCUGGAAGCUGGAGAGGACCCGGAGUAGGGAUAACUAUUUCUGUGAAAUAGUUUUAGUGGCUAGUGGGUUUAGGUUUUAAAAUUGAUGACACGGUAGUGUUCAACAAAGUAUCGACCAUGUGUUCCAGAAUAGCAUUAGUGCCAUGCUUAGUAUUUUUAGUCAUCAAUUUACUGCACAAAACUGCUGCUGAAGAUAAGUCCCCACUAGUCCUGACAGUGGCGAGCAACGAAACCGAAGGUUAUCUGCGCUUCAUCCGUUCUGCCAAAUAUUACGGAAUCGAGGUAACAACGCUCGGCCUUGGGAAGCCAUGGCGAGGUGGAGAUAUGAAGCGGCUCGGCGGUGGCUACAAGAUCAACCUGGUCCGUGAAGCCCUGAAGCCGUACAAGGGUGACGACGAUCGGAUCGUGUUGUUCACCGAUAGUUACGAUGUGCUGUUUCUGGCCUCGCUGGACAAGAUCAUCGAACGAUUCGAAACGUUCAAGGCAUCGGUUCUGUUCGGAUCGGAGGGCUUCUGCUGGCCGGAUGAAGCCCUAAAGGGAAAGUAUCCGAAGCUGGAAGGUCGUGGUACGAGGUUCCUCAACUCGGGGUUGUUCAUGGGGUACGCAUCCAAGGUGUACCAGAUGUUGAAGACACCGGUCAAGGAUCACGAUGACGAUCAGCUUUACUAUACGAAAGUGUACUUGAACGAAAAGUUAAGGGAGGAGUUGAAUAUCAAGCUGGAUCAUACCGCAGCUUUGUUUCAAAAUCUAAAUGGGGCUGAGGAGCAGGUGCUGAUGGCUUUGGAUCCUGACACUAAGGAAGCCUAUCUGAAGAAUACCGAAUACUCGACGACUCCGUUGGUGAUUCAUGGAAAUGGACCGAGUAAAUUGACCUUGAAUGGAUAUGCUAACUACUUGGCUGGGGCUUUCGUCGAUGGAGAUUGCAAAACGGUGAAGGAAGAUUUGCUGGAACUAGAUGAGGAUAAUCUCCCAACAGUAUUUCUGGCGUUGUUUGUGGAAAAAGCAACGCCAUUUUUCGGCGAAUGGUUGGAGAAAAUCCCAUUGUUGAAUUAUCCAAAAGAUAAGAUUGAUGUUUUUAUCCAUAACAACGUUGAAUAUCAUAAGAAAAAAAUCGAUCAGUUCAUUGAGCAGCAUAAGGAUAAUUACCGUUCAAUGCGAAUGGUGGAUUACAACGAUGACUUUGAAGAGUUGGCCGGACGUUCGUUGGCGGUUAAGCAGUGCAGAACUAAGAAUUGUGAUUAUCUAUUCGUGGUUGACUCUGAUGGGCACAUUGAUUCACCAGAUACUCUCCGGAAGCUUAUCAUUUCAAAUAGGAAUGUUAUAAGUCCGGUUUUGACACGACCUGAGAAGGUUUGGAGCAACUUUUGGGGAGCACUGAGUAGCCAAGGUUUCUACGCGAGGUCAAGCGAUUACAUGGACAUCGUUUCUAGGAAGAUUCUAGGCCUAUGGAAUGUACCAUUCAUAUCGACGAUCUACUUGGUCAAGAAAUCGGUUCUCCCUCAGAUCAACUACGAACUACAAAACACAGACCCCGAUAUGGCCUUAUGCUGGCACAUGCGAGCAAACGGCAUCUUUAUGCAUGUGAUCAACACCGAACAAUUUGGACACCUGAUUGAUUCAGAUUAUUUCGACACGAGCAAAACUCAUCCGGACUUUUACCAGCUAUUUAACAACAAGCACGAUUGGGAGCAAAAGUACAUCUCCAAGGAUUACUACAAACAGCUGGAGAAAGACUACGUCCAGAAGCAGCCCUGCCCGGAUGUGUACUGGUUAGCCAUCGGGACGGAUGCUUUCUGCGAUCAGCUGAAGGAAAUCGUCGAAAGUCACGGCAAGUGGUCCGACGGAACGCACAACGACAAACGACUUCAGGGAGGUUACGAAGCCGUACCGACCCGGGACAUUCACAUGAACCAGGUUGGCCUGGAACAGGUUUGGUUGAAGUUCCUGCAGCUGUACGUGCGACCCUUGCAGGAGAAGGUUUUCAUCGGAUACUUUCAUGAUCCUCCGAGAUCGUUGAUGAACUUCGUGGUUCGCUACCGGCCUGAUGAGCAACCUGCCCUACGACCUCACCAUGAUUCGUCAACGUACACGAUCAACAUUGCGCUGAAUACCGUUGGAGUGGACUACGAAGGUGGCGGAUGUCACUUCUUAAGAUACAACUGCUCGGUGAAGGCCACACGCAAGGGCUGGAUGUUGAUGCACCCGGGACGAUUAACGCAUUACCACGAAGGGCUGAGAACCAUCAGCGGAACCCGAUAUAUUAUGAUUUCAUUCAUCGAUCCUUAGAGGACUUCCUCAAAAGAUUGACAUCGAAUCUCGCUUGAUCUAGAGACAAGCAAAAACAGAAACAAAACUAGAAAAUUUCAACAACGGAAUUGUCGAGAAAGUUUAAUUUUUCUAUUCACCAUUUGCCAUAUGUCUAUAGGUACGUGUGCCAUCUGUUUGAUUGUGGAUUAAUAGAUUUUGAUUUUUUGGACCGAUUUGUAUGUCGUGCGUGAUAUAGGUGUCGCAUUUAAGGUUAAUAAAUAUAAUGACAAUAA